CAGCGACAAAUCACAUGCUUGGAUAAGAGUGUGGUGUUCGGCUUUACUGCUGGUGGUCAGGAACCUUUAGAUCACCACAAAACUAGAUUUUAUUUUUCCUGGGAGAAACGGUCAUGAUCCUGUUUGUGUUUCUGUGAGCCUGACCCCGCCGUGUUUUUGACGGAGAGCUCCGAACAUGUUAUUGUUCUCAAACAAAUGAAGGGUUGGAGUGACACACGGCAGACACGGGGUGUGCUUCUGUCAGGAUAACAGCCAGGCUGCCGCUGGACUGGAAUUUGAUCUUCGCACUUCAGAUCAAUCUGCUGCUGUCACGGUGGAUGGAAACAGUCUGUGACUGCAUCUCAGAGACUCAUAUGGUCUCCACGUUGUUUUAUUCCAAGGAGUCAUGCCUGAAGCAGAAACAUGUGAUGUAUAGAACGUGGGAAGAGCAUCCAGAUAGACUGAACCAUGCAGCUGCUGAGAGAUACACAGAGAGAUUGCCUAUUCAAGAAAGAUGCUGAUUUAUAUGUAUGAGGGAUCCUGUGUUGAUCUGUAAUUUGAAGCUGUUAGAAAAUACUUAGAGAUAACCUGGAUUUCAUCUUUUUCAGUUGUACUUUUGAGUUAAUUGGAAGACUAAUUGUUUCUUAAAACUGCACUAUCUGUGUUUGUGUUUUGUCCUUCAGUGGCUUAUUGCUUUUUCAUUGUUAUUAGAUAUCUAGAUGGCUUCCCUGUCUUUUGAAGUUAGUUGCUCUUUGUCGUGUCACGCAGGAUUAAUUCCUCCUGUGGUUUAACUGUCUGUCUCAUGUCUGUGGUAGGAAGGCGUCACUGUAGACAAUGUGACAUCAGUGCAAACACGCAACUUUUGUACGGACAAGGUUCAAAGAACAAACUCUGCGGCAAAGCCAGGAGGCUAAUGCGUGCAAGUGUUUAAGAAUCUCUCAUCAGGGCAACUGUAAGAGACACUUCUUGCCAAAAGACACAUCCGAUUGUCAAAGAAGUACUGAGCCUCAUAAGCAUUGUCAGGAGUUUUGAAUGGUGCUCUGUCUCCAGUGUCACUUUGAUCCCCCAGUUCAGCCUGAAUGUUUCUGGAUCUGUAAGGACUUGCAUCCGGACUCUGUUUCUGGAGUUUGCAUCAGGCCCGAGUGGAAUGUUUGGCCAUCUGUAUCUCCAGAUGUGUGUGGAUGCUGGACCAAGACCAGAGCACCGUGAAUGACACACUUACACACACAAUUGUGCUGUGGACUUCAGGGAUCUUGACUCAUUCACACAGCUGGGACACAAAACAAUCCAGACUGAUUAAUGGAGUGCAUAUGCAGACAGGCGGCUGGUUCCCAUGAUGAACAGAUCCACAAUGGGGGUCCAGUAGUGAUCUCCUCCUAUGCCCUCCAGAUAGAACUAGACUGCACUGAUGGAGGAGGAGGCAAUUAUGACAUAGUGAGCAAUGCUGUGAUCUCCACACCUGGGCCACAAAACCACAGAGCCCAAAAUGUGUCCUUACGUCAAAGCUGGGAGAUGAACUACCAGGAGGCGGCCAUCUACCUGCAGGAGGGAGAGAACAAUGAUAAGUUCUUCACGCACCCUCGAAACCCAAAGGCGCUGGCAGCGUACCUGUUUGCACACAACCACCUGUUCUACAUGAUGGAGCUGCUGACAGGCCUGCUGCUGAUGAUGCUGUCGCUGUGUGAAGCUCCCGCUGUGCCCUCACUGCGCCUGGACGUUUAUGUUCAUGCCACUCUGGAGCUGCUGGCUUUGGUUAUGGUGGCAUUUGAGCUUUGCAUGAAACUCCGCUGGUUAGGCUUCGACAUCUUCAUACGACACAAGAGGACCAUGGUGAAGACAUGCGUGUUGCUGCUACAGUUCGUAGAAGCCAUAGUGGUUCUGAUCAGACAGACGUCUCAUGUGAGAGUGACCAGAGCUCUCAGACCAAUAUUCUUGGUGGACUGUCGAUACUGUGGUGCUGUGCGCAGAAACUUACGUCAGAUCUUCCAGUCCCUCCCACCUUUUAUUGACAUCCUCCUGCUGCUGCUCUUCUUCAUGGUUAUAUUUGCUAUCUUGGGUUUCUGCCUCUUCUCUCCAAACACUGCUGAUCCGUACUUCAGCACUCUGGAGAACAGCCUCGUCAGUCUGUUUGUGCUGCUGACCACAGCAAAUUUCCCUGAUGUGAUGAUGCCAUCGUACUCCAAGAACCGCUGGUCCUGUGUUUUCUUCAUUGUUUACCUCUCCAUAGAGCUCUACUUCAUCAUGAACCUGCUCCUCGCUGUGGUGUUUGACACGUUUAAUGACGUUGAGAAGAUGAAGUUUAAAUCACUUUUACUUCACAAACGCUCUGCUAUUGAUCACGCCUUUCAGCUGUUAGUUAGCCGGCAGAGGCCGAUGGGCGUGUCGCUGAAACAGUUUGAUGGUCUGAUGCGAUUUUACAGACCUCGGAUGUCUGCAAGGGACCGCUUCCUUACUUAUAAAGCUCUUAACACCUCAGGGGCUCCGAUGCUCAGUCUACAGGACUUCUAUAAAUUCUAUGAAGUGACUGGUCUUAAAUGGAAGGCAAGACGAAGUGGAGAAUAUUGGUUUGAUGACUUACCACAAACAACCUUCCUCAUUUUCAAGGGCAUCAACCUGCUUGUGAAGUCAAAGGCCUUCCAGUAUGCCAUGUAUGCGGUUGUGGCCAUCAACGGUGUGUGGAUCCUCGUGGAGACGUAUACACUGAAUAGUGGAUUUUCCUGGUCCAGAUUUGUCCCCUGGAGUUACAUUGUUUUCCUGACCAUCUAUGGUGUAGAGGUGUUAUUGAAAAUAACUGGUUUGGGGCCAAUGGCUUAUUUCAGCUCUGGGUGGAAUCUGUUUGACUUCUCUGUGACAGUAUUUGCCUUCCUGGGCCUGAUUGCCCUUGCCUUUGAUAUGGAACCAUUUUAUUUUAUUGUAGUUCUCAGACCACUGCAGUUGCUACGGUUGUUUAAGAUAAAGCAGAGGUAUCGGAACGUGUUGGACACCAUGUUUGAGCUCUUCCCCAGGAUGGCAAGUCUGGGAUUGACCUUAAUCAUCUUCUAUUACUCAUUUGCAAUCGUUGGGAUGGAGUUCUUUGCAGAUGUGGUUUACCCCAACUGCUGCAACACCAGCACAGUGGCAGACUCCUACAGACUAAUCAACAUCACCCAUGGAAACAAAACAGUGUUGGAGGAAGGCUACUAUUAUCUCAAUAAUUUCAACAACAUCCUCAGCAGCUUUGUGACGCUGUUUGAACUGACUGUGGUCAAUAACUGGUACAUCACCAUGGAAGGAGUGACCUCUAUGACCACCCACUGGAGUCGGCUCUACUUCAUGACCUUUUACAUAGUUACCAUGGUGGUGAUGACCAUCAUUGUGGCAUUCAUUUUGGAUGCGUUUGUGUUCCGCAUGAACUACAGCCGCAAGAACAGGGAACCAGUGGAGAACCCAGAGGAUGAGAAUGGGAUAGUGUUCGAAGUAGAGGUGAGUCGUGAUGAAGCUCUGGCCACUCUGGAGCUGUACAAACAGACUUGCCCGGGACUGUCUUCCCUCAGCUCUCUACAGGGAGUCCUGCAAACGAUGGACAGAGGAGGGCAUUCGUCUCUGGUGUACCUUGGUCGAAGAUCUAGGACAAAAAGUGACCUCAGCAUGAAAAUGUACGAGGAGGAGAUACAGCACGAGUGGUAUGCAGAGUAUUCGAGGGAAAACCUGCCUCAGCAAGACCAAAGCCUGGAUCGGGAAAUGGACAGUCCCAACUCCAACCCGUCUUCCUUCCCAGAGCCUCAGCUCAACUCACAGACUGGACCUCACAGCGUCAACUAACGCACAGUUUGCAAGCAGUAAAUACACACCAUCAUCUCAGCGUUUUUAACAGCAAAGAAACUCCCGUCACUCCAGGUCUUCUCCAGUUCUCCCAUGCUCCCUGUCACAGUGAGAAACAAGUCCAGGGCUUUUUGGACUGAUGUGAGAGUGAGACGAGUUAAUGACUAUUCUUUGUGGGAGCCACCGCCACAGACUUAAAGACAGCAGUGCAGGUCUGUUGCCCGAACAGUGAAGUGUUGCCCUCUUUUGGCCUUUUCCAAGACUGCAGCAGAUAAUAGGGGGGAGCUGGUGCUACUACCGGAUGUUGUGUACGUGUACUGCUGUAGGCCUUUUGUGACCUCUUGUAAAUCAUGUAGUACCUAAACCAGAUGCCUUAGUGAAAUGGCUCAUCUGAUCAGUAUUAAUAGACAUCUAAGACCAAAACACUUACACUCCUUUAAGCUAAACCCAACAAAACAAUUACACAAUAUUUCCUGACUAAUGUCUCAGCAGACUCAAAGUAUUUAACUUUUAUAUAACUUCUUAUUCUGUAAUGUUUUUGAGUUCCAAUUGUCAAGUGCAUUUAUGUAUUUUGCUGUACUAUCAUACAAUUAGUAACUGCUUAUUUACUUAUAAUGUAUAAUUUAACACACCAGCAUUAUGAGGACCUGUAAAAACAAGUACCAAACCAAAAUUAUUUAAUGCCCCAAAAGCAGCUUUGUACAUUUUAACAUUUUGAUUUACAGUACUUUUAGUUCUUUCGCAAUGUUUUAAAGUAUAAAUUUCUACAUCCUGUGUUUUCCCUCUGGACUCACAAAGUGCCAUCACAGUUCCAGCACAAACAAGAAGUUGAAUAAAGGCACAGUGUGAUCAGUUUCA